CGGCGGGGGCGGCGGCGGGCGGCGGCGGGCGCGCGGGGUGCGGGCCGGCUCGGGCGCGGAGGAUGAAGUGGAGCGUCCGCGGGGCCUGCGCCGCGCUCUCCUCCUGCCUCCUGCUCGCCUGCGCGCUCAGCGCCGCCGCCGUCGGCCUCAAGUGCUUCUCGCUGGGCUCGGAGCUGCGCGGGGAGCCGUUCCGGCUGGGGGCGGCCGCCGGCGCCUUCUACUCGGGGCUGUUGCUGGCCGCCGGCCUCUCGCUGCUCGGCGCCGCCCUGCUCUGCUGCGGGCCCCGGGACGCGCCCCUCGCGGGGCCGGGGCCGGGCCCGGGGCUUGGGGUCCCCGCGGCCCCGGCAGGGGCUCCAGAGGCCGCGCCGGGAGAGCCGGGGGCCGCAGCCGGGCCCUCAGGGCCAGUGAACAGCCAGAACCUGCUCCUGCUCGGCGUUCUCGUCUUCAUGCUCGGGGUCCUCAGCGCCUUCGCGGGCGCCGUGAUCGACGGCGACACCGUGUCCCUAGUGGAACGCAAGUACUCCCACUACUGUCUGCCGCCCCGCGCGCCGGCCGCGGCCCCCGGUCCGGCCCCGGGCCCCGCGGCUGCCGCCCCCGGCCCGGCCCCCGGCGCGCAGCGCGCCCGCAGCACCCUGGACAGCGCCACGUCCGCCAAGUGCCGCCAGCUGAAGGACUACCAGCGUGGCCUGGUGCUUUCCACCGUCUUCAACUCGCUUGAGUGCCUCCUGGGCCUGCUCAGCCUCCUGCUGGUCAAGAACUACAGGUCGUCGCAGGCUCGGCGUGGCCGGCGCGGCCGGCGGAGGGGAGGCCGGGCCCUGGCGCGACCCCGCGGCGGCCCCGGGCUCCGCGCUCAGCCGCCAGCCUCCCGGGCGCGGCGGGGCCGGCGGGGCCGGCGGGGCCGGCGGCUGCAGCCGCGGCCGAGCGAGGCUUCCAUCCUGUCCCCGGAGGAGUCGGACUUCACCGCCCCGGGGGACUGCGCGGGCUUCGCGGCGCACCACGCUGUCUCCUACAUCAACGUGGGCGUCUUCCACGCAUUCGACGAGGCGGGUGUGGAGGUGUGCUGCGGGGGGCACCCGUCGGUGGAGCUGCCGGGGUACGCGCCCUCGGACCCCGACCUCAACGCCUCCUACCCCUACUGCUGCCGGCCACCUUGCGAGGCGGGGCGCCCGUGGGAGCCAAGCCCGGCCUGCUGAGUGCCCGGGCCCACCCCAGAUAGACAGCGCUCGAGCCCGCGCACGCCUCCCCGCCCGGCCGCCGCAGCGAGGGAGGACCAGGGCUGGCGUGGCGUGGCACCUUCAGGGGCGGACUGGCCUCGCGUCGCUGAGGGCUCCUCGCCGCGAGACUGGUCCUUCACUAUCACCAUUUCUGUGUCUGGGAGGUUUCUCUUCUUUUCUGUGUCUGUUCGUAUCCGGAUUCCAUUUUAAAGUUUACAAUAAAUGUCUUGGGGUUGCCUCGCCCCCAUCGCACUUCUCUUUGGCAAGUCCGGUUCAGGGUGAGAGAGCUCAGAGAGCGAGGGUGAUUUCACGGGAGGAAGGACCCACGCUGAGAGGACAGAAAGAGCAGCGGGUACUUUAUGGGUGGCCGAAGUGAAACAGCACCCAGCGGCAACACUUUGUACACGGAUGUGCCUGCUUUUGUUGAUACUUUCUUACUGUAAAGCUCUCCAUAAACAGUGAAAAUGUUUGGUAAAUUUAUUGCAAUUUAAAAUUGGUUAGUUCCUUUAUUAAAUUAAUUGCUAUGUUA